GUUCUAGAACCAAGAUGGCGGCGGCUAUAGCGGGUUUGCCUCAAGCACAAAAUCAAGGCAAGCAGCAAGGUGGUGUUGCCUCAGAGCGAUCUCUACGCUCAGUUUUCGGUACGUUUUAGCAUAAGGGUUUAUGGUGAGAUUGGUUUCUUGAACGACACGACGUUAAGCUAUGCUAUUUGAACUUCUAUAGCCACAGAGGUUUGGUCUGAUCUACUGAUCAUGCAUUUUAUUUAUAUAUGCAUCUAACCAUUAUAUAUUAUCUAGAAAGCAAUGGCUUUAAUGCUUUUUGGAAGUACAGUAAGUUCAGACAGUUUCUUGGAUAAAAAGCUAUAUUUUGCUCAUUUUUAAAUACAAAAUGGCUAUCAGUAUGGGACCCAUACACCAACUUUUAUUUGCAUGCUAUUCAUGCAGGAUUCUUCUGAAAAUACUGACUAGGGUUAAGCACUGACCAUACUGAUUAGGGUUAAGUGCUGAGAAUGAUGAUUAGGAUUAGAAAGUUUUGAAGUAGACGGCUGAGUUGUCAAAGUAAGUGGCCAGUCCAGGGAUAUUUUGUUUAAAAAAUGCCAUCGGUAAAGAAAUGCCAAGCAGAGUAGCCGGCCAAUACUAACCAAGUAGGCUGUGAUUUUUGCUGGCAGCCGGCUACUUUUGACAUCCCUGCGGGAAUUGCAGCAUUACACACAUGUUUCUUGCAUGUAAAUCUGGCAUUAUUUCAUGCAAAUUACAAGAGAAAUACAUUCGCAAAACACUUGUGUAAAAAAAUACAUGCAAAAUUACACAAGAAAAAACUGGGUGUAAAGUUUUACACAGAGACUGCGUGCAUUUUGACAACUUUUAUCUUUGGCUGAAAUCUGUGAAGCGAAGAACGAUGAUCUCUUGCCUCCAAACCGUACUUUGAAUAAUAGUCAUUUUGGGGAAAAAUAGAAGCAUCAUUUCUCUCAUCAGGUCAGUUACAAAAUUACUGCUAAUUUGGUUUAACUUUGUGCAAUUCAAUCAUUUUAAGCCUCUUAAAGUUUCCCCAAGGUUCUUUGUUACACAAUUGAAACUAGAAUGAUUCGCUGCAGUGUUUGAAAUGUUUCUGAUGUUUCAAAUGUUUUCAAGGGCACGUAAUGUAUGGCAUGUUGGCAUUUUAUUUUCAUUUUGUUAUAAACUCGGCCAGGAUUAAAAAAAGUAGUGUUGUUUCCGUUACCUCCGUGUUCUCUUUAGGCUUGAUUCUUUUAUUGUUAUUUUUUCGUUUGCUGGUUAGGUUUUUUCCCUACAUCAGAUUUUCCAACAGAAACGACUCUUUUCUCCGAAUCAACCUUUCCUUUCUCCUCAUGUAAUCUGAUCCCUUUUUUAGUGGUGAGAAUCGCUUGUUUGAUGAGCAACGCUUUUCUUUGCUUAAGCUGUUGAUUUACAAGUUUCUUUUCAUAAAAACAUUACAUAAAUGACCCCCAAAAUUUAAUAUUCAACAAGUACUCAUUUUUCUUGACUGUAAGUAAAUUUAGAUAAAUAAACAUAGGAAAUUGCAACAGCUGGAACUAUGCGCAUUAGCUUAUGCUGAUCUUUGACAAUUUUUAAAAGUAGACUACAUUAAACUUCAGCCCGUGCUGCCGAGGAAUUAGCGACAUUUUUAAACAUUACUUAACCUUUAAAAACAUGUAUCUACAAUUUGGUCAAACUAAAAUGAUUUGAAAUGAAUAUCCCAUAAAAAUUUGCCUUUGGUUUGAUUUGGCUGAACAAAUGGUCACACAAUGACAAGCUAAAAGAAAACACCCAGUCUUACUGCUGAUUACAGUGUAUGAAGUAGACUGCUGUUAAAAAAAUACAUGCAGCUUGUGCGUAAAAACAAGAGAGGAAAAUUUCCUACAAUAAAUAUACACAUCUUGUGUGUAAUUUAAGCUUCAUGGAAUUGUUCUUGUAAAAUUUUACAGGCAUGUAUUUUGUCUGUAAAUCUGCCAUAUUGCACAUAAUUAUACGCAUGUAAAUACUGCAAUUCCUGUAGCCUGUACUGUAUAUAGCUUCAAAUCAAACCCUUCAUUAGCAGUGAAUCCUCAGUGGUCUGGUGGUUUAGGUAGUACACUGCAAACCCUAUGCUCUGGUUUGAAUCCCACUUAUGCUAAUUUAAUUUUUUUCCUUAAAAAUUGAAGAGACUUCCACUUUCAUGAACAUUUGUUGAGCAGAAAUUUCAAGAGACUUAACUUAGUCUGAGACUUAGAAUACAUUACUGCUGAAAAGGGAACAAAACCAACCCAUACAAUACAGCCACAAAUUUACUUGUGUGGAAAGAAUCCUGUAUGAGUUGCAAAUACAAGUUGGUGUAUGAGUCCUGUGUAAAUAGCUACUGAGUCCUUCAUCCAAAAGGGAAUAGAGGGGUGCUUUUUCAAUGCGGGGCACUUUGUCAAGUGGAACACUAUCAAUUUCAACAAGACAGGGGUUUCAGUGAAAGCCAGUUACAGCCAGUCUACUGCUGCUUAUAGGGCCUGUUACUGCUAUCCGACAAGGUUUUAUUUAUUUGAGCUACCUAAAACAUCCACCUAAUCUCUUUUUUUCAUUUGUUGUUUAUUACUGAAUAAGUCAAUCACAAACGAUCAGGAAAGAAGUUGAGAAAUAAGUUAAAACAAGGUUUGGAUUUGUAACAAUUUCAGUUGAAAGAUUUUUGUUUUUAAUUUCAACUUUUUCCUGAAAGCAAGAUCUUUUAUUUUAUUAUCUUUUGAAAGUGUAACUAAAUAGAACUUUAAAGAAAUUACUGCUACAGUGGAUAAAAGCUGUCAUUGAUAGUUAUGAUCCAGGAAAGGUAUUCAAAGUAUACCUUUUCACAUCUAAAAACUUGCGGGUAAUAGUUUGUUAAAAAAAAUAGUAAACUGUUCUUUGAGUAUUAAAAAUUAUCAUAAACAGUGCUCUUUUUGAUGCCCAGAAUGCUGGAAAUUUCAUCUCAGUGCUUCUAUGAUCUAAGUUUUUCUGGGGACCACAUUAAAAUUAGGUAACUGUAAAUUUUCAGCUGUAUAUAUCAAAAGUAGUGAUCGAUCCCAAUGGCUGCCAAAAAUUAGGAUUUGUAUGGGAAAAACAACUCUUGCCACCCAGUCACGCUUAAGUGGUUUGCCAUACAAACCCUUAUAAAUUUGGAAAUUUUCAAACUGUUGUAAAAUAUUUCCUUAAGUGUUAUGGGGCUCAAAUCUCCUUUUUGUUCAUAACAGGCAAUUUGAGUCCUUAAAUGCAUAAGGCAAAGAUUUAAUGACAGUUUAAAAAUGUCGAAAUUUACAAGGAUUUGUAUGGAAAACCACUCGAGUGUGACUGGGUAGCAAGAGUUGUUUUUCUCUUUCAAAUCCUUCUAAUUUUCGGCAGUCAUUGGAAUCGCUCCUUUUGAGAUAUACAGCUGAAAAUUCACAGGGUACUUAAUUCAAUAUGCUCUUUCAGUUCCUGCUAACAAAAUUUUCCAAAAGCAAACUCUUUUCAUGUUUACAUAAAGUUGAUCGGGUGACUAACUAUCGCAAAAGGCCUAUUUUGUGGGGAAGUCAAUAUUUAUUUUUAUUUUGAAGUGACUGAUAUAUAAGACUAAGAUUUUAUGGUUACAGAGGGCUGUUAGAAUAUCUGGAAAUUUAAAGACUUCUUUUGGAAAAAAAUUAUCUUUGUACCACAAGAUGUACGGGCCAAUGACUUUCCAAUGAUACCAAUAUUGUUGUAUCUUUAUAUUUAUUCAAAUUAGCAGACCCACUUUUUUUACCUUUCCACCUCUGAAAUGUUCAAUGUUCCAUAACAUAACAGCCUCAAAUAACAGCCAGUCAUCAGACAAUGUCCAAAUAAAAUUGAGCCACGUCUGACAAAUUCUUAACUGUGGUUAGAACUGGCUUGUUGCCUACAAAAUACCAAUAUCACUUUGCAGAUGAAAAAAAUCUACCUUGAGUACUUACAUGUGAAUUGCUGUAACAAUGAAUUAACAUUACUGCAGUGAUUAUAUAACAGUGGUCAACCUUUCUGCAAAUUCUGUAUCUACCGUGCACAAUUUUCAUUUUAGAGGCAAAAUGUAUACUUGAUUGGCUCAUACGUGUACCUAAUUUUGUUUUGUCCAGCCAAAUAAUGACUUGGUGAGGCAUUUGUCUUGUGAAGAAAGAAAAUUCAUUUUGCAUCUUUGGUAAAUUUGGGCAUUUGAAAGGUCCAGCUACAAAGGGAGCUGUUGAUACUGCUGCAGUAAGAACAUAGAAAUAACUUUAACAAUAAGGAAAAAGUCUUUCUUUGUGGGAAAAAUGGAAACUACAACAUGUAUAGCAUUGAGGAAAGAGGUGUUCUCGUAAAAUCCUAACAUUUAAUUAAUAAGGGGGCAGGGUGCUUAUUGCUCAUUUGGUUGAAUUAUAGGGUGCCUUUCAGAGGGCAGGUGCUUAAUUGAGGAAAUACAAAAAAAGAAGCAACAUUUGAUUUUAAAAAGUGCUUGUCUUAUAUCUAUUCUUUACUUGCAUUUAGUUGGAAAUAUUCCAUAUGAAGCAUCAGAGGAGCAGCUUAAAGAUAUCUUCUCUGAAGUUGGACCUGUUGUCAGCUUUAGGUCAGUAAGUGUAGUACAGCUUACUUAUUAUUACACAAAUGAGGAAUCAUGAUCCUUGUACCACUUUUGAUGUGACCAGUUUUGACACUCAAAGAUGUACUUUGUGGCUCAGCUUUUACAGCUCUAGAAUGUCUUCAGGAUGCCCAGAUGAAAACAAUACGAUGUGCUUGACAUACCUGAAAGUCAAAAAAUUGUGUAAAAUUUACUGGUUAGUUCAAAUGAGUUACCACCAACUGGUUAAUCUUUAAAAAUAUUUUUGUGUUCUUCAGUCUGAUUAUUAUUUUUCCUAAAGGAGUUAAGCCCAAUAAAAGAGAACUUGACUGAAAUUGAUCAUUGUUGUUUUAGAAUCUGUGAUAUUUACAUUUCAUUGUUUUAAUCAUUGUUGUCGCAAAGGGUUUUGUUGUAGUGGGACAUGACUCAAUAGUAAUUACACUCUGAAAAAGAAAAGUAAAGUUGAGAAUAUGAGAAGAAGAUGAAGAAUACCUCUCGAACUCAACUAGCUUAGUUAAAACAUGUGAAAAAAAUAAUAGUAAUGAUGAUGAUACUGAUAAGUAUACUGAUACAGAUACUGAUACUGCUAAUUAGGUAAACAGUUUGUUAACAGCGUUUCUAUUACAUGUAUAUCUGCAAAGAAACUAGUGAAGGUAAAACUAGUGAAACUGCUAAUAAAGGUCUAAUAAUAUAAGUGUACUACUUCAUUUACCUCACAAAAGUUAACAUUGAUUGGAUGUGUGAAGGUUUACCAGUAGAAAACAGUGAAUUUCAUUAAAAAGUACUGUUAUUUUCAUGUUACAGACUGGUGUUUGAUCGUGAAACUGGAAAACCAAAAGGUUAUGGCUUUUGUGAAUACAAAGACCAGGAGACAGCCUUGAGUGCUAUGAGAAAUUUGAAUGGAUAUGAACUGAAUGGAAGAGCCUUGCGAGUGGAUAGCGCUGCCUCGGAAAAGAACAGGGAAGAAAUGAAAGGUGAGAAGGGUAUAGAUCGUGCUAACUGAAACAGAUUUUGAUAAUAUUAUUGUCAUGAUUUCAUCUAUUUGCCCCUGGAAAUCUUGCCGAAAAACACGUUUUGAACCUACUUGAGCCGUUUUCUGGUCACCGCCCUGCUAUAAAGAGCUAAAACUUACCAUACAGCCAUUUACAGGUCGUACCUGUCACGGCUUUCUGAUCCAGAUGCUUAGAUGAAAGGAAAUGUAGGCGGCUAGUGGAACAAGAUUUUCAUGGAAAUUUUCAGGUCAAUGUUACAUGUUUUUUUUGCCUUUUUCUCUGGUGUGCUUGACUGAAUUGUUCUCAUUCUGGUAUAGUUUGAAAUAUCUGUUAACUCUACACAAGUCUGUGGACAAAGUUGUCCUUGACCAUUAAAACUGAUGAUGUCAUAAGCGGUAGAAAGGACGUGGAUUUGCACGAGUGGUUACUGGCAGCUCAGGGGCGAAUGGGUUAAACUUCGGUUACAGUGAAUUAUUACCUUCACCCCUUAUGUUUGACUUGGAGAAAGGCUGAAAUACUGACAAUGUUUAUAUUGAUUAUAUGGAGCCUUUAAGAACUAAAUCUACCAGACAAGUUUAUUUUUUGUUAUUCUUAACUUGACUUGGCAUGAGCAACAAAACAAUCACAAAGAGGCACUACCCAGAUCUGGGUAGUGAGGUGUCAUCAGUUUGGAAUUUCUGCACUCAUUUGUCAGGUGUCAUUUUGCUGCGAAACCAGUGGUGGCAUUGCAAAAUGUCUCAGACCAUAGAGGUGUAGGAGAGUUCAUUUGCUAAUGUUCCCCUAUUCUGUGUUGUGGUAGAUUACAACCAAGUUCCUUCUUGUAUCCUAGGUAUGGAGGGAAGUUCCCGUCCAGAGGUGAACCCCUAUGGCCCCUCUGUUGCCCCUGAAGAAGCUCCAGAAGCUAUUACACAAGCAGUGGCCAGUUUACCACCUGAGCAAAUGUUUGAGCUCAUGAAACAAAUGAAGGUAUCACACUCUUUGUUUUGAAGUACUUGGUUUGUAUGAGAUAAACAUUUUUAUAAUGCAGUCAUCUGUGAUGUGGUUGAUUUGAAUUUUCUGUGCAUGAGUUCAUUGAUGGUGAGCUUGCAUGUGGAAGGGCUUACUGGAUGCCACAAUGGAUGUUAACAGCAAAACCUAAAAACAUUUGGAGGUGUAACUGCAUCUCAUGUUUCAGCAUUUAAGGUACCCGUUAAUUUUGAUGUAAGACCGUAAACAUACCUGCCUGAAAACUUGACUUUUCUCACAGGACGCAGAGGAGUUAUUUGUGACCUUGACUGCAGUUAAAUUUUACAGUUGAUACUGAUGGUAUGAUUCACCUUUGCGUACUGCAAAAUGUUGUGUAAUGGAAAUGUAUCACAAUGACUGCAUGAUCAAAAUAACCAUUGUAAAUUUUGUAUUUUUUUAUUUUAUUUAAUUUCUCCAUUUAUUUUAUAUUAUAGGCCUUUUAAUUUAUAUUGCAGAUUUAAAGAUAUUAUUGAUUACUCCUAGUUCUUAAGAUUUAAAUAUUACAAGAAUAAAAUGCAGGGCUCAAAAUAAUGACCGGUCAACGGACAAUGUCCGGACUGAGUGGAGAGUUGACCGGUCAACCUUUUGUCUUGCCAGUCAUGUUGACCGGCCAUAUUCAGUCAUAUUGAAAAUGAAAUAAAUGAAAAUUUCCAUAAUGUUCGGUUGUUUCAGUUGCUAUUACAGUUUUAUUUAGGAUAAAAGAGAAAAAAAGACAAGUGUACAAAGUAUGAAAAUAUAAUUCAUAAGAGAGAUAAGAGAUUCAUAAGGGAAAAAGGAAAAUACACACAAAAAAUUUAAAUCGAGUUUUGGAUGUUCCAACGACAAAUUGAACUCCUCUGUACAUGUGGUUUUCUUUCACAUUUUGUGCUGAAAACCAUACUUACCAACCUUUUGUCUUUAUUAAGAUACUCUUCGACCUUCCAUUGUGUGCAAAAUGAAGUAGUUUGUUGAAUGUUGUUUCUUUUAACACCAAAUUCUUACAGAUCUGUAUACAGAACAAUCCUGAAGAAGCCCGUCAGAUGUUACUUCAGAAUCCUCAGCUUGCAUAUGCCUUACUACAGGCUCAAGUUGUUAUGAAAAUUGUUGAUCCUGUGAUUGCUCAGGUUGGUUUCUUAACCCUUCAAACCGUAAUAUCAGCAUGUACAUUCUUCAUACAUAGAGCAUAUUACAUGGCAAUGCGGUGAUACGAAAUUUCUCUUCUAGUGUUGAAAUAUUUUUCAACACAAGAAGGAAAAUUUUGUAUCUCCAAGCACCCAUGUAAUGUUCUAUUUGUUAUAUAAACACCAAUGAAAUACCAAUGCUGAUUUGGCUGAAUAGCUCUUAUUUUUAAAAUACAGUGAAACGUCAAUUUAAUGAACCUCUACAUAACAAAGCCCGUGGUAUAAUGAACGAUAUUGUUAGCCCCAGUAAUAUUAAAAUAAUAUGGAAAAGAACCUCAAUGUAAUGAAACCUUGUAAUAGCGAACAUAUUUUGUCAGUCCCUUGGCACUUCGUUAUAUCAAGGUUCCACUGUAGUGGAAUUCUCUGAAUGACUGGACUGGUGUGGCCAGCCAGUUCUGACAAAAUAAUGGUAAGCAGGGUCCCUAAGUUAUUACCUGUUUCCUUCAUGACAGAAGAGAUCAAAGAACUUGAGGCCCAUCUUCCUCAGGAUUAUAAACAGUCCAUCAAAGUGCCAGAACAUUAUUUUGUGGAUAGUUUUCCUAUGCUAGAGCAACCAGUUAAAAUAAGAUUUGGCCAGGAUCUUUUUUCUUUGCAAUUAAUGAAAAGUAUCCUUUGGUUUUGACAAGUGUUUAAAUAAAAAUAGAUGGCACUGUCUUGUUCCAACAUUCCUCUCAGAUUUUUCUAUAAGCCAGGGUAAUUUUUCAGCAGUUCUCUCCACAGUAUUAGUUACCUGCUAAAUCUUGGUCUGAUGUUUUCACAUUUUUGUGUACUUCCAUCUUAUUGCUCCUUAGCUUAAGACAUCUUUUAGCAAGACCAGACCACUCCAAAUGUACAGGAAUUUCCAUCAACACAAUGUUGGUCAGACUGCUUGUUUACAUUGAUUAAGAAUGAUAUAUAUUUUCUUUAUUACAGGGCAUAUUGCAUCGCCCUACAGAGCCAGCUGCACCAAUACAACCAGUAGGUGUUCAACAGCCAAAGCCUUUAAUGCACUCAGGUCCAUUUGGUGGAGGACCAGGUCCAAAUAAUGAGGGCCCUUCUGGACCCUUCGACAUGGGACAGCAUGGAUCUGGACCACCCAUGAGAGGUCCUCAUGAGAUGAGAGAACCUGAUAUGAUGGGGCCUGGAGAUGGAAGGGGCCCACCAGAUAUGAGGGGACCCCAAGGCAUGCGAGCUCCUCCAGACAUGAGAGGGCCACCUGAUAUGAGAGGUCCAUCAGACAUGAGAGGUCCACCAGACAUGAGGGGUCCACCAGACAUGAGAGGUCCAUCAGACAUGAGAGGGCCACCGGACAUGAGAGGUCCAUCAGAUAUGAGAGGCCCACCAGACAUGAGAGGUCCAUCAGACAUGAGGGGCCCACCAGACAUGAGAGGUCAACCUGACAUGAGAGGUCCACCAGAUAUGAGGGGGCCAGGUAUAAUCUACUUUAUUUUAUCAUUAUUUGCAUUCAGAAAUGGUACACAUGUACUCCAUGCUCUAUAGUAUAUUGUCACUUUCAAAGAUCUUGGGGACACUUGAUGCUCUGGGUAAAGUUCUCAGAAGUCCAAAUCCUGUCUGUAUUUCACUUUAAACAAGUUCUUAAUAAUUAUCAAGGUAGCCUUAUAACUAUAUAUUAUUUUAAUCACUUUUACCAUAUGGUGUGAAACACAGAACAGGACCAGAGGUUGGCCACACCACUGGGUCUACCUCCCCUACUCUUUUCGAACAGUGGUGUGGGUUCUUUGACUUCCCACAAGAACCAGAUAAGUGAAGGUGCUGUGACACGGGACCUACGGUUUUUCAUGCUUAUCCGAGAAGACCAGAAAGUCUAACCAUUUGCAGAUGUCAUUGCAAAGGCAGCACUUUCUCCUCAGUUCGUUAAAGACCCCAAGUGUUGGUCGGCUAGGGUUUGGAUCUGCGAUCUCUCUUUCAGCAGACCAGCCCUCUCCCAACUGAGACCUUCAGCUUUAUUUAUUUUGUUCAUUGUUGUUCUUAUUAAUACCCAGAUGGACGAGAUAUGAGAGGAAUGCCACCUGACAUGAGAGGCCCUCCAGACAGAGGUCCUGAUAUGCGUGAUGCACACAUGAGAGGCCCAGGAGAUAUGAGGGGCCAUGGGGACAUGAGAGGAGGUCCUGGAGACAUGAGAGGAGGUCCUGGAGACAUGAGGGGCCAUGGAGACAUGAGAGGAGGUCCUGGGGACAUGAGGGGUCCACCAGACAGGGCCCCUAUGGAUAUGAGAGGACCCCCUGAUAGAGGACCAGGUGAAAUACGGAGCCUUAUGGAUCAAAGGGACUUCAGGGGCCCUCCAGAUAUGAGAGGACCAGAUGGCAGAGGUAUACUAAGUCAUGAUAACUUUCACCCAUGACCAAAAAAAAGAACACGUUUCUUUCAAUUUAAUAAACAAUACCUGUAAUUCUUUUUAAGAAGAGUGAACCCUAAAUCUUUUAGUAAAUAGUAAUCAAUAAUAUUUGAAGGUAAUUACUGUGUGGCUUUGAUUCUCCUCAGGCCCACCAGGACCAGACUUUAGAGGCCCUCCGCAAGAUCAUUUUGGGGACCCAAGAGAUCGCCGCAUGCCGUUUGACCCUCGAGAUCCGAGAGGCAGGGAACCACCAAGAGGUAAUUCCUUCAUAAACUGUUUUCAUGGUUGACCUUUUUGCAUUCAUAUAUUUAAAAUAACUUUUAUUUGUUUUUGUUGUACGUUAUAAUUUCAUUUUGUUAUAUGGCUGCAUGUUCAAGAUAUCCCAUGUGCUGUUGCCUCUAAAAUAAUAUUAAAAUUAGUUAUUUUUUACCAUUGGUUUGUUUUCUUUUGUUUUACAUCCUUAACUGUUAUACAAAAGAAAAUACAUGUGAAACUGAUUUAACUAAUGUCAAAUUAAAGCCACAGCACUCAGUUUUGAGUUUUUUUAGAUGACAGACGAGGCCCCCCAAUGGAUCACAGAGAUCAACCCAGGGAUCCAAGAGGCCCCCCUCCUGAGCAGAGAUUUGGUCCACCCGGUGGCCCAAGGGAUCCACGUGGUGACCGUGGCCCAUCAGGGCCUCCAAAUGAUGGGCGCUUCUCAGGACCAGUUCAUUCACCACAACAGCAGUGGGGACCUAACCAGGGAGGACCACCUCCAAGACUUCCUCAAAGUAAGAGAAAUAAUAAUUAUCACCUUGUCACCACUAACAUUAUCAUUAUUGUCACCACCACUGUGUUGUUUAUGUUCCAUCUAGAUAACUUGUUAUGUAAUCACCACAGUCUUCUUCACUGCCAAUAAUGGCUGUCUUUACACUAGGCUGUUAAGUAAGACUUAAGAGCUGCUAAGUCUUACUUAACCAAAAAUUCGUGUGUGAAGCCCUAAGUAAAAUCUCAAGUAACUUUACUUUGCAUCUCAUUAAAGUCAGAAAGUUAAAACGAUUCAAGAAAGUUUCAAGCGACUUGAAAACCAUCCUUAAAACCUACUUAGCUGACAUGCGGUUACUUGCGGUUUCUUGAGGUUUGAGAAAGGCGAAACACGUCAAUCAAUCGUAAUUAUGUUGCAUGGGAAAAUAGCCUGAAGUUAACCUGAAGUAAAAAAGAAUCAGUUGUGUGUGAAGCUUUAUUUUACUUGAGGUGAUUAAAAUUUACUUGUCUUGAAAUAAUAAUUUCUUAGCUUAUUUAGGCUCUAGUGUAAAGACUACCAAUAUGUUAGCUUUGGCAAUGAUGACAGCCACGACAACAAGGGCAUGAAAAAGAAAGCAAUAGGUUUAAUAAGCAAAACAACAACCCUGCAUGUGUCACACACUUUUUGGCACAUUUCUUUGUCAUCAAUGCACAACUAUAACAUGAAAGUCCAUUAUAGGAUGGUUCAUUGAGGAUUCUAACUUCUCUUUUUUACUUUUAAUCUUGGGUUUGGUCCCUUGAAGAAUUUAUUUUUAGUGAAAUUCACACUAAAUUAUCAUAACAACUUUUACAAGUUUUCAAUGAUGAUUUGUCCCCUUGGCUACAAACAAUUUUAUUUUUAGUUUUUCUGCUGAUGCAAAGGGGUUUGUCUUCUUGGAAAAGUUAAAUAGCGCAACCACCUGUGAUCUCGUUUUUUUCCCUUCCAUUUCUUCCUGAUUAAUACACUGUUGUUCUCCUGUAUCAUCUUUUGUUUCACUCUGGCUUUGAUCACUGGUUCGUUUUCGAUGUUACUAAACGCUUGGUUGAGCAUGAGACGCUGUUGUUUCUUUAAACGUGCGAUCAUCAUGUUCUGUUUUAGCUAUUUCUGUACUAAAUAAAUCUAGUCUACAUUUUCUUUUCAAAUUCCCCUGGCUGUUUUUUAAGGGACAACUUCAAUUGCAGUGCGGGAUUGGCGCAAUGGCGCGGCCUGGCUCAAACUCUGCAUACUGUACCUUAGGUACUGAUUUAAAGUAGCCAGUAGGGAUCCAUAUUCAUUUAUGUCAUUUCUUAUUUGCAUUUUAUUUCCGUCUACUAAGAAAAGGGUUUUAACUAAGCUGAAAAGUAGACUACGUGACUUCAAUGGAUGGUUGGGAUGCAUUCUUUCUGGGGUACAAGUCUCUUAGUUUGCCUUGAAGACAAGAAGGUGCACUUGCAUUUUUUCUUGUAUAAGGCAGUGGCUUUUUUUCGCCGAAGGCGGAGAAACACCUUCUAAAACGCCACACCUUGAGGAAUGCUCUAACGUUUUCUGCAAACGAAAUGGCUCUAGACUUGCCACAAGUUGACCCCAUGAAUUGCUAAGUGAGUGGAGCGAGUUUUAAGUCAGAUGAAAAACCUUUUUGAAAGUCUAUGAAUGGCCCGUGUUUGCAGUUCUUCAAAAGUGAAAAAUGCCAAUGGUUAAUGAUGUGAAAAUUGAGCUUGUGAUCAUUUCAUGGAAAAUACUGGAUCAUCUAAGAUGGUGCCAACUAACAAUUUCAUUGCAGAGCAAAGAUGUGUGUUAUUCUCUGUUAUUCGCAGUGGAUAAGAAAUAAUCAGAAUACAGGCAAAAUGUACAUGAUAAAACCCUACAAGAAUUUUUGAAAAGAUUUUGUGGUUGGGCAAAACCUUACUCAUCCAAAGGACAACUUUUGAAGUUAUCUCAAUCUUCUGUGCGAGAUUGUAGUAGUCUGGGAUGACUGGACAACUGCGAAUAUGGAUCCCUGAGCCAGGGUUCUCAAUAAGUUUGAAAGUAGUUAGCUAGGAUGUUAAAAUGGGCGGCUUGAUAAUUUGAGUGCUGAAAGCAAUCUCAGGCUUUCAUUCUCUCACCUUCCCCUUUUCUACGAAAAAUAGACGAUUCAAAAUUUGGAAAAAGUGUUUUUAGCUGGUUGGUAGAACUUAAUGAGAACCCGGAGAGGUGCAAAAAAGACUUUCUUGCAUAAAGAAACUUUUAAUCACUUGACAAUCCAAUCUGAAAAAUUUUUUUUUCAGGUUUUAAUCCUCCCCCAGGGGGUCCUGGUGGACAGGGUGGGGAUGUCACUGCACAGGAUCAAGAAAAGGUACAUCAACAUCAAAUUAGUUUUUUAGUUUUAAAUGCAACAUCUUUUAUUUAUUGAGGUUAUUACCCUGUUUCUUUAGCUACUUACCUAGUUUUUUUUUGUUCAUCAAAAUGAGCUGAAUUUUGCUGAAAAAUAUAAACAGAAUACCUGCCAAUUUAAUAUUCAGACUCCAGUUUAAAUUCUCAAUUUUAUAAGACAUAUUUUUCUUCUCUUCCAAAUGCUAGCUAAUGGUGUUUUCCAGUUUGAAUAAUGUGUUUUACCUGUCAGGAGAAAAGGUUUUCAUCCCAUAUUUUUUGGCUCCUAAAUUUUGAUUUUCUUCUUGAAGACAUUAGCAAAUCUUUUCCUUAGACCCAAGUGUCAAAGCAAGAAAAGAUUGUUAACAGUAAAUAGUUCGUGUGCAUAUUCCUCCUCCCCUCAGUAAAAAAAUGGGAAAGCAGGGAGGGGGGGAGGCAUCUCAACACAAGCUAACAGUAAAUUGCUGACAGUAAAGUAUAAAUUCAUCCCCAUUCUUCAGAGUCCCAGAUUCACUAAAUCUCCCUUAGUUAAACAAUAUUCUUCAAUUAUUGAAUUGAUUACAGUAGUUAUUGUUAAGAAACAUUGCUAAGGAUAUAUCUUUCCCGUGACACUAUUUUUAUGCACAACCACAAACACACAAAAAAAUGAUUGUUAAUUCUUCUGGUAAAUCUCUUUUGUUUUAUUAGUGAAGGCCAUUUCAAAAUACUUACAGAAAAUCUGCCCUUUUUAACUUUUAUAAAGUUGUUUCAUUUAUUAUUCUUUACAGGCUGCUCUUAUCAUGCAAGUUUUGAGUCUAACUGAUCAACAAAUUGCAUUGUUGCCUGAAGAUCAAAGACAGAGUAUUAUGGUGCUGAAAGAACAGAUAGCCCACAGCACACAGCAUUAAUUUAUGAACAUUACACUGUUCUUUCAGAGUGGUGGCUUUGAUUAAUCUUCAUUAAAAUAUUUGUUAAACACGUGUAUCCAUUUGAAGUAAUUAAGUACCUUUGAGCUCCACGAAGUGACUAGACUGUGGUGGUCCAUUUUAACAAAUGGGCAGCAAUUUUCCGUGUUCUGUACUCUUACAGACUGUAGAUACCGUAUUUAUUCAAUUAACCGUCCUGGG